AUCCGGCAAUAGAAUCACUUCUAGAGUCUUGGAAAAUCUGAAAUCUGGGGCAACUUUAUUAUUGAAGGGAGCAAUUGAUCGUAAUUCGCUUUUUGUUUUAAGGAAAUUGAAAACUCCACGUCUGUAGGUACUCUUAUUUUUUAUUAAAUCCGCGUAGUGAAUUUUUGCGGUUUCUCGUGUUGCGUGGAAUUUAUUUGCGAAAGUUUAAGCAUCUUUUAAAGUUUAUUCGCCAUGGAUGAAGAAUACGAUGCCGUCGUUUUGGGAACUGGUCUGAAAGAAUGUAUUAUCAGUGGAAUGUUAUCGGUUUCCGGUAAAAAAGUUUUACAUAUCGAUCGCAACAAGUACUAUGGCGGUGAAUCAGCAUCCAUCACACCGUUAGCAGAUUUAUUCGAGCGUUUUCAAGCACCAGCGCCCGAUGAAACAACAUAUGGUAAAGGCAGAGACUGGAAUGUAGAUUUAAUCCCUAAAUUCUUGAUGGCUAACGGAAGCUUAGUGAAACUGUUGAUUAAAACCGGGGUUACUAGAUAUUUAGAAUUCAAAUCAGUCGAAGGCAGUUACGUAUACAAAUCGGGUAAAAUCUACAAAGUACCAGUCGAUCAAAAAGAAGCUUUGGCAUCCGAUUUGAUGGGUAUGUUUGAGAAGAGACGAUUUCGAAAUUUCCUCUGUUUUGUACAAGAUUUCGACGAAAAUGAUCCAGCUACAUGGAAAGGUGUCGAUCCUAAACGAACCACUGUUUCGGAAUUAUACGAUAAAUUCGGUUUGGAUAAGAAUACUCAAGACUUUACCGGUCAUGCGUUAGCUUUGUACCGUGACGAUGAUUACUUGAGUACCACGUUAUCCGAAACUAUUAGAAGAAUAAAGUUAUACAGCGAUUCGUUAGCUAGAUACGGAAAGUCGCCGUAUUUAUAUCCGAUGUACGGCCUAGGCGAAUUACCUCAAGGAUUUGCUCGUUUAAGCGCUAUUUACGGUGGAACCUAUAUGUUAGACAAACCCGUAGACGAAAUAGUUUUCGAAGGGGAUAAAAUAGUCGGAGUUCGUUCCGGAUCUGAAGUAGUACGUUGCAAGCAGGUGUAUUGUGAUCCGUCGUAUGUUCCUGAUCGUGUCAAGAAAAUCGGCCAAGUUAUCCGAUGCAUUUGUUUAUUGGAUCAUCCCAUUCCAAACAUCAAGGAUGCGUUAUCCUGUCAGAUCAUCAUUCCCCAAAAACAAGUUAAUCGUAAAUCCGAUAUCUACGUUUCGCAAGUCAGCUAUACUCAUCAAGUCGCUGCUAAAGGCUGGUUCGUUGCUAUGGUAUCCACCACUGUCGAAACCAGCGACCCAGAAGCUGAAAUCAGACCAGGGCUUGAACUUUUGGGACGUAUAAGACAGAAGUUCGUCACUGUAUCGGAUUAUUUUGUACCUACAGACCUCGGAAAUGAUAGUCAACUAUUCAUAUCAACUUCUUACGAUGCUACUACUCACUUUGAAACUGUUUGUAACGAUGUAUUAGAAAUAUUCAAACGUGGAACUGGCGAAGAUUUCGAUUUCUCUAAGGUCAAAUUAGAAGGCGGCGAGGAAGAACAGUGAAUAUAAACUACUAUCAUCAAGAUAAACAAGUUUAUCCUCUGGAAAUAUUUAUAUACAUAUUAUAUUCCUUUAUUGUAGCACAAUUUUUGAUUUAAAUUUCGAAAAUUUUCAUCGUUUGCGAAAGCUUGUAAAUCAAUUACUACGUCCAUGUUUGAAACAGAUAUUGCUACCAAAGACAUAUGCAGUUUGUACCAUAAUACAUUGUGUACUCUUUUAUGUAAAUGCUUUUGCUCAUUUUUUAAUUUGAAAAAAAACAUCAAUGAAACCUGUGUACAAAUGAAUGCCUUUAAUGCGGUGAAUUUAUUAUACACAAACCUAUGUCAUGAGUUUUACAAAGUAUUCUUUACAAUUUAAUUUUUGUUAAAUAUUUUAGAAAAUUUAUAAUUGCGUUAAUUAAUUGAAACGAUUUCUCGAUGAAUUUAAUACAUCCGCGAGAAUAUUCUCGAGUGAUGUCAUUUUUGAGAAAUCGAUUCGGUCGAAAAAAAAAUAUUAUACGAAAAUAUAUGUUAGCUUUUUAUUAAAGUGGGUUUUUUGAA